CCCAUACGAGCACGCGGGCGUCUCGGCCGAACAGUCGCUCCAGUCGCUGGACCUGCUGCUGCUGCAGCAGGCGAGCGCCUCCGAGAUUGCGGCGCUUAUCAUCGAGCCCGUGCUCGGGGAGGGUGGCUACGUGGUGCCCCCGGCGGGCUACCUCCAGAGGCUUCGGGCAUGGUGCACAGAGCACGACAUCCUGCUUAUCGCCGACGAGGUGCAGAGCGGCUGUGGGCGCACGGGGGCGAUGUGGGCCUGCGACCAUUCCGGGGUGGUGCCAGACAUCUUGGUCACCGCCAAGGGCAUCGCCAGCGGCUACCCCCUGUCGGUGUGCGUGUCGCGGAGCGAGCUCACGGCCAGGCAGAAGCCGGGCUGCAUGGGGGGCACUUAUGGGGGGAACGCCGUGGCCUGUGCGGCGGCGCUGGCGACGCUCGAGGUGUUCGAGCAGGAGAAGGUCAUCGACAACGCGCGCGUGCGCGGAGAGCAGCUGAUGGGCGGCCUCCGCCAGCUGGGUUGCCGUGCAGAGUCCCCGAUCGCGGACGUGCGCGGGCUUGGGCUGAUGGUCGCCGUGGAGUUCGACCGCGAGGCCACGGGCAAGGGCUUCGCCUCGGAGGUCUCCCGCCAGUGCUUCGACCGCGGCCUGCUGGUGCUGCCCACGGGGCACCGCGAGACGCUGCGCAUCAUCCCCCCGCUCACGGUCUCCGCAGACGAGGUGAGGCAGCUCCUCGACGUCCUCGGGGAGGCCAUCCCUGCCGCGCAGAAGGCGCUGGAAUAG